AUGGCUGAGAAUCAGCCCAACGACAAGGCAGUGAAGGUCGGCGCGCGGGUGUACACCCCCCUGAUGCUACCCGCCUACGACUUUUGGGUUCUAUGGAUCUCGAAUAAAUUUGUGUGGAAGUGUCCCACCGACGAGGUCCAGGUCCCGUUCUUCCAGUCCGCUCUGAGUAGAACUCACCUAGACAUUGGCGUCGGCACUGGCUAUAUCCCAGCGAAAGCCCUUGAUCCGUCUGGAUGCCAGGAAAUAACCUUAGUGGACUUGAACCAAAACACUCUUUCCACUGCCAAGGCACGAAUCGAAUCCGCCAACAGCACGGUCAAGGUGAAGACGCUCCUAGCUAACGCGCUCGAGCCCCUUCCCCUGCCUGAGUCGGAAAAGUUUGACUCCAUCAGUCUUUGCUACCUCUUGCACUGCCUCCCUGGAUCACCGGAUAGCAAGACUCGAGUUUUCGAUCAUGUUAAGCCACACCUGGCACGUGACGGAAUCUUGAUCGGUUGGACCAUCUUGGGCAAGGAAACUCCCAUGAAUUGUUUUGCUCGUGUAUUGAUGAGGAGCUAUAAUAAAAUAGGGAUAUUUUCCAAUUGGGAUGAUAAUCUUGCGGCAUUUGAACAAGGCUUGAAGAGGAACUUCGAGGAAGUUGAGGUUUGGACUGCCGGUAGGGUAUGCAUGUUUAAGGCGAGGAAUCCAUUAGACUCGCCGAUCCAAGCUCGGUCAUGA